ACAACUAGGGUUUUUCUCUGGCAGCUGAGACAUAGCAGCGGAGCAACUCUAGGAGUUCGGGAGAGAGAGAGAUAAGCGGAGCUGCUACAAUGGCGGAGAAGGGGAGCAAAGCCAGGAAGGAGGAGGUCGUCACGAGAGAGUACACUAUCAAUCUCCAUAAACGCUUGCAUGGAUGCACUUUCAAGAAGAAGGCUCCCAAUGCUAUAAAGGAAAUCAGGAAGUUUGCCCAAAAGGCAAUGGGAACAACUGAUGUUAGGGUUGAUGUGAAGCUCAACAAACACAUCUGGAGCCGAGGGAUCCGAAGUGUUCCAAGGAGAAUUCGUGUUCGCAUUGCACGAAAGAGAAAUGACGACGAAGAUGCCAAGGAGGAGCUUUACUCAUUGGUCACUGUUGCCGAAAUUCCCCCAGAGGGACUCAAGGGCUUGGGUACCGCAAUCAUUGACGACGAUGAAGAGUGAAUAACAUCCUCUAGGAGAUUUUAAUACAUCUACAGUUUUGUUUGUUGAAUACUCUAAUUUUGCAGUCAAUCACUCUGUCACAUCCUAGAUCUUUGUUGUUUGGGUGUUUUUCUUAUUUAUGGAUUCAACUUUGUUAGAUGCUUAUUAUGUCCAUUACAUUCUGCCUUUUAUAUCUGUGGUUUGAAUUUGAUGCUA